AUGCCCACACAGGCGUUCUCAGCACCGGGGCAGGUGGUCGAAGAGGCCAAGGCCGGUGGCCACCACGCCCACGGCACACACAACUACCCUGACCCACUCACACACAUCGACCGCACCUCGUGGGACGUGACCAUCAUCGGUGCAGGCCCGGCCGGUCUCAUGCUCGCCACCUCGCUUGCGCGCUUUGGCGGCUUCGACGUGCUCGUCAUCGACGAGCGAUCCGAGCCCACCACCGCAGGCCGCGCCGACGGCAUCCAGCCACGCACCAUCGAGGUGCUCAAGAACAUGGAGCCGCUCGGCUCCGAAUUCUUUGACCGCAGUGCGCCCUCGUACGAGCGUACCUUCUGGGACCCUCGCUCGGACGGCCAGCGCGGCAUCGAGCGCACGCGCCGCGUCCAGUCCUUCCCCACCGACAUGGAGAUCCAGGACAACUGCACGCUCGGUCUGCAGCAGGGCCUCAUCGAGGGCGGCUUCCUGCGCGACAUGGAGCGCCACGGCCAGCGUGUCACGCGCCCCUGGGCCUACCAGAACUUUGAGAUGACCGACGACCCCACCUACCCCGUCACCGUCACGCUCGAGAAGAUGAAGCCCGUACUCGAGUCCACCAACGAGGGCGGCGCACCCAUCAGCAUCAUCAAGCCCACGGGCGAGACCAAGACGAUCCGCACAAAGUACCUCGUCGGCUGCGACGGCGGCCGCUCCCGCCUGCGAAAGACGCUCGAGGAGCGCCACGAAUUCACCUUCAACGGCGACUGGGUCGACACGCUCUGGGCUGCGCUCGACUGCGUCGUCGAGACCAACUUCCCCGAUGUCCGUAAGAUUGCUGCCAUCCACUCCAAGAACCACGGCGCGCUCUACAUCUUCCCACGCGAGAACAACGAAAAGGGCGAGCCCAUCAUCCGCUGCUACACCCAGGUCAAUCGUCUCGGCGGCGAGAAGAGCAAGGAGUCGGCACUCGAUGCGCGCGACAAGGUGACCGCCGAGAUGGUCAUGAAGGCCAUCAAGGAGAUCGCCCACCCGUACGACUUCAAGUUCAAGGGUGUCGAGUGGUUCACGUGCUACCCGAUCGGGCAGCGUCUCAUCUCGCGCUACUCGCUCCCCGCAGGCAAGACCAAGAGCGGCUCGGCGUUCCCUGCCCACCGCGUGCUUCUCGCCGGCGAUGCAUGCCACACUCACUCGCCCAAGGCUGGCCAGGGUAUGAACACGGCCAUCAUCGACUCGCAGGCGUUGGCGUGGCGCAUCAACCUGGUCGAGAAGGGCCUCGCUGACCCAGACACUCUGCUCGGCACGUACCACGACGAGCGAUGGGCGACGGGCAAGCAGCUCAUCGACUUUGACUCGGAGUACUCGGCGCUCUUCUCGGGCGAGGUGCCCAAGAACACGCCCGAGGUGGCGACGAUGAGCGAGGCCGAGAAGCGCGAGCACUUCAUCAACAUCCAGCGUCGCAACGCCGCGUUCACCACGGGUGCCGGCGUGAUCUACGCGGACAACGUGCUCAACCACCGCGACCCAUCCAAGCUGGGCGUGGCCAAGAUCACCGACAAGCUCGAGCCGGGUCGUCGAUUGCAGCCGGCGUGGGCGACGCGCUGGAGCAACUCGCAGCCGGUGCGCAUGAUCCACGAGAUCCAGUUCACCGCACCGGGUGGCUUCCGAUUGUACGUGUGUGCUGGCGAUCUGGCCAAGAACAUGCGUCAUCUCGAGGCGUUUGCCAAGCACCUUGCAUCGCCGCACUCGUUUGUGAACCGCUUCCGUCCCAACAACCGUGCGAUGCUGCUGCAGAACAAGGCGUACCACCAGCUGCCCACCUCGCUCAACACGGGUCUCGCCGGCGAGCUCUCGAGCGAAGCCAACCCGUUCUUCCACAUGCUGCUCGUCGUCAAGGCGCAGCGCUUCGACAUUGAGCUCGAGCAGGUGCAGCACCUCGGUGCGCUCGCCAGCAUGCUCUACUGCGACGACAUCGAGGCCGGCCACGGCGCGUUCAAGGUGACACUCGACAACCAGUUCGUCGGCGCCCUCCACGAAAAGUGGGGCCUGCCCAACGGCGGAAUCGUCAUUGUCCGUCCAGACGGCUACGUCGGUGCCAUCACGCCGCUCGACCAGGCCCAGUCCGGCUUCGAGGCCAUCGAAAAGUACUUUGAAGCCUUCCUCCGCCCGGCACCCCACUCGUCACUCGCAAAGACCCGCUUGUAA